AUGCAACCUUUAAGAUUUAAUAGAAAAAGUUUUGACUUUAGUUCUAAUACUCCGCAUAUCCAUACUCCUAAUACGAAUACUAAUACAAAUAAUGGUAAUAAUAAUAGUAGUAAUAAUAAUAAUAAUAAUUCAAAGUCAACUUCCACAAACGUAAGUAAUAGUUUCAUACAUAGAACUUCGUUUUCAGAAAUUAGAAAGCAUUUAAUUUCAAUGAGUCAUGAAAAUCCUUUAAUUAGUACAACUAAUUUAGCUUCCACAUCGACUCCCAAAUUAAAUUCAAAUUCACUUAAUGGUUCAAUGGAGCCUACCACAAUUCACAAUCUUAUAAUGGAUGAAAAUGUAUUAAGUAAUAGUGCAACAUCUAACAAUAGAGAUAUUUUAAGUAUAUUAGAUAUCGAUCAAUUUGAAGAUUAUUUAGCAGAUCCACAUUAUAUUAAAGUCAUAAAAAAGAAAAAGGAUGCAAAGUUAUUUAGAAGAUAUUUCUUGGCUCAAGAAUUACUUAAUACAGACCAUGAUUUAUUAUCACAUAAUACAAAUACUAGUAUUAACAGUAGUGCAUAUACAAACGGUACUAAUUUUACAAUAGAUUCAAAUCCAUUGUUACCUACUUUUAGUAAUAAUAAUCUUUCGCCAACCCGUAGUGCAUCAAAUAAUACGCCAUCAAAACGAAAAAGAGGUAAUUCCAUGGCAACUGUUAAUUCAGAAAGCCCAAUUAAUGCAAUUUGGUCGACAAAAUUUAGUUUAGAUGGAAAGUUUCUCUCGACAUGUGGUAAAAAUGGUGUUAUUAAAAUUUGGAAAGUUGUUGGAUCUCCAGUGGAAAGAUUGGAAAUGGAUUUAUUGACUUCAAUUGAAACCUCUAGUGGUUCAACGCUUCUAAAUAAUAAUAAUAGCAAUAAUAACAAUAAUAAUAGCAAUGUUACCACUAGUAAUAAUAACCCAUCUUCAACAACCAAAGCAUUAGGUCUAGGUAUUCAAAGUACAUUAAAAAUGGAGCUUUCAUUAAGUAAUACAAGUUCAAAUACUUUAUUUAAUACAAACACAAAUAAUAACUCUACAAAUUCUCAUUCAAAUUCAAAUACUGAUACAAAUUCUAACAUACAAAAUAAUAAUGGUAACAAAAACUCAACAGGAAUUGAUGACCUAAUAAAUAAUAAUUCAAAUAUUGAUAAUUUAACAAAUAAUCCAAAUGAUGAAGUAGCAAAAACAACUAAUAAUCUUUAUGCUCCAGUAUUCCACCCUUUACCAUUUAAAAUAUAUAGUGAACACUUAAGAGAUAUUUUGGAUUCCGAUUGGUCUAAAAAUAAUUUUUUAUUGAGUGCAUCAAUGGAUAAAACUGUAAAAAUAUGGCAUAUGAAUAGAUCUAAUUCUUUAAAGACAUUCAAGCACCCAGACUUUGUUACAAGUGUUAAAUUUUGUCCAAAUGAUGAUAGAUUUUUUAUAUCGGGAUGUUUAGAUCAUGUUGUUAGAUUCUGGUCAAUUAUUGAAAAUGAAGUAACUUUCCAAUUUAAUGCACAAGAUUUAAUUACCUCUAUAGCAAUUUCGCCUGAUAAAGAUGGGAAACUAACUAUUAUAUCAACUUUUAAUGGGUUUAUCCAUAUACUUUGGACAAACGGAUUACGUUUAAUUGCUACUUUCCACAUCACUGAUAAACAAACUCAUGAUAAAUCUUUAUUUAGUAUGGAUACUUUGCUGAAUCUUAAUAAUAAUUCAGAUCCUAAUUUGCAACGGAAAUUUAAACUUGAUUUAAAUAGUCAUAGUGGUCCAAGAAUAACUGAUGUCCAAUGUUUUAGUGAAUUUAUAAAUACUAAUGACGAUAGAACUUCAACUUUGAAAGAUUCUUCCAACGUAGAUAAUCAAAGUAGUAAAAAAGAUAUAAAAAGUUUAAAUCUCAAGUUAUUGGUUACUUCAAAUGAUUCAAGAAUACGAUUGUUUGAUUUAAACUCAUUAAAAUUGAUGGAAGUUUUAAAAGGUUUCAAUAACACUUCAGCAUCGCAAAAUAGGCCAUUCUUGUUAGUGAAUACAGAAAACUUGCCCCCUUUAGUAAUAUGUGGUAGUAAUGAUAAUUCUGUUUAUGGAUGGAAAUUACAAUCUAUGCAAAGGAAUCUUCAACAAACACAUCAAUUACAACAACAGCAACAGCAACAGCAGCAAAUGGAAAAGCAAGCACAUGUAGAUUCUAAGAAAAAAAAUACUUUGACAAGAUCAAGGAGUUUGAAAUCUUUAUUACUAAGAAAAAGUAAAAGUCAUGGUAGCGAUUCUAAUAGUGAAUCUCCAUCUCGUAACCGUCAUUUACCAAACCCCUUAAAAAUAUUACCUAUCAUAAAUAACGGUCAAGCUCUCCGGAAUAGUUCAUAUGUUACAUUCAAAGCACAUCAAUCACCAGUAACUACAGCUGUCUUAGCUCCAAGUGGGGCUUGUAAGAGACUAAGUUUAUCAAAUGAUUUAAUAUGUGAAUUAUAUUCGAAAUACUAUAAAGAUAGUUUAAAAUACGGUACUCCUGAUGAUGAUUUAAACCAUGAUAGUCAUCGCAGUCAUCAUAGUAGUAGUAAUAGCCAUCGUACUGGUAGUAAUCAUCAUCAAAAUAAUAGCAAUAAGAAUAGUAAUGGUCAGCAUAGCACUAUAUUUAAUGGUACAACUAAGGUAAAUCAAGGUAAUUUGCCAAAUAUGAAAGAUAUUAUUGGAGAUAUCUUAAUUACUACUGAUAAUCAAGGAAAUAUACGUAUUUUUAGAGCAGAUAUGCCAGAUUCAAUAAGAAAAAUCAUUUUGGAACAUUUACAUAAUUACAAGAUUCAUCAGCAACAUUUGCAUACACUACAACAACAAGUUAAAGCUCAAUCUUCGACUCCAAAUCAUAUUCCACAGUCAGGGAAAUCACAAACACCACAACAAAAGCAAUGCAUAGCAUGUGAUAUUAUUAGAAACGGUUCAACUUUAAGGAAAAAUCUCAAAUUUAGUAGCAGUUCUGAUUCUCUUGUAAGUACUAGUAGUAAUAGCAGUCCUGUGAAUAAUCCCAAUAAUUCAGGAUCCAAUAUUCCGUUAUCUCUAAGAGGAUCGCCGUACAGAAGCGCACAUUCUAAAUCUGCGAUAUUUUCAGAUCAAAUGGGAGUUUCUUCUAGACCUAAACUAAAUGGGACUAAAAGUACCACGAAUAUAAAUGGUAAUGAAUUAAAUAAUCAAGGAAGCAUUACUAAUAGCAGUACUAUCAAAAGAUCAGAGAGUUUGAUAUCAGUUGCUAAUCCCAAUUCUAGCUUAAUAUCCCUUACUCCCGUUAAUUCGGAAGUAGUUGUUACAAACACGUAUAAUAAUACAAGUAAAACGGUAAGCCCAACAGCAAGAUCAAAAUCUACCACAAAUGGAGUUACGAAUACUAAUAUCAUUGUAAAUGAUGAAGGGAUUACAAUCAGCCCAUUACCCAAGCUUCAAUGUACUGUUUGUGAUGGUACUAAGUUUCGUAAGUUGCCAAACAAUAAAACAGGUUAUUACUGUAUUGAUUGUGGAACAAUUCUUAAUAAAUUACGUUAG